AUGGAGCCGAUUAAAGUCAUCGUCGCCUCGACAAAGGCGACGUGGCUCGCGAAACUCGUCUUCCGCGGCAUCGCGGCCGUCAUCGCCAUCGCCUUGAUUGGCAUCGUUUCGUCGGUCGCAGCGCAAAGCUCAUACGACGAUUACUACUACUCUUACACUGACGGCUAUAUCCCGCUUGCCGUUAUUGGUGCCCAGCUCAUCUUGUCGGUUUGCUGGACUAUUGCCGAAAUUGUCUGCCUCAUCGUCCGAACAGGUCAUCUAGGCAUUCACCCUGGCGCCUGCGUCGCCAUGGAUCUGAUCAUCUGGCUCGGCCUCCUAAUCGGUGUUAUCAUCUUGUCUCUGCUCUGCUGGGGAGGCUGGUGUGGCUGGGAUUACGACGAGUAUGGAGACGCGGUCGUCAGCCAUUCUCGGCGGACGGCGACGGUUGCCCUUGGCGUUAUCCUCAUCCUCACGCAUUUCACUCUCUUCGUCAUCGCCUGCUGGGAAACAAGCGUCCGAAACCGUGCCGUCCGGCUUAUUCUCGACCGUAACGGCGAACUUCUGAAGGGACCAGAGUCUGCCUACAAGGCGUAUCAGAGUUAUCAAGCUCGGUCUGCGCCUGCCGCCCAACCCGUACCGCAGCCGCCACCGGCGGCUUUUUCGCCCGCUCCGGCACCAGUUCCUGGACACCUGUAUCCCACCGCACCCCCAUCGCGUCGCCCAGUCGCAUCCGAAGCGCCCCAGGCUUCAUUGAACCCCGGCCGAAUCCCGAGUCCGUCGGAAGUAUCGAGCGUCAGCCCUGUAGCGCCCAAUCCUCAAUAG